UUGGCACGCAGGGCAGCCAUUUUUCACUGCAGUUGCCCGGCAAAACUCUAACAGAACGAAAUAGGAAAUUAGAUUAGUGACAGCAAAGCUGAUACACAUCUCAGUUCAGAGAAGUUGCAUCCAGACAAGACUGCGGUUCUGUUGAAAGAGAGCUCUGUCCUUCUGCCUGAUCCGACCAGCCGACAUGGAGGGUUUUGACUUGAACAUCUCUGGGCUCUACGUCUCUCGGGGAUUUACAAAUUUCAGUAAUGAUAAAACCUUAUAUGAGAACUGCAAACACAUCCCAGAAGUUCUUAUCUGGUAUCUCAGCCUGCAGUUCACCAACAUGUUCGUCGGCAUCCCGGCCAACAUCACAGUGCUGUGGCUCAUCCACAAGAGCAAGAGGGAUUCCUCCACCUCGGACAUCUUCAUCGUUCACCUGGCGGUUCUAGACGUGCUGUUCUGUCUCACCCCUCCGCUGGAGCUGGCCUGCAUCGUCUUCCUCACCGCCAGCAGCCCCUGGUACAUCCUGCGCUUCUUCUACGGCAUAAAAGACUUCUCGCCGCUCUUUCUGUCCUGCAUCUGCCUGGACCGCUACAUCGCCGUGAUCCACCCCAUCUUCUUCACCAGGCUCAAAGACCGGCAGCACAGGCCGGCGCUGGCCAUCGUGGUUUGGCUCAUUAUCCUGGCCUACGCCUCGGCUAAAUGUCCUGGAAACAUUCCGGGUUUUGAGCAGGUCUACACGGUGAUGAUCCUCACAGUGUUUGCUUUCAUGGUGUUUUGCAACAUGGUGAUUCUCUGGGCCCUGAGGCAGUCCAGGCCCGGCCGGGACUCGAAACAUCCGGUGAAGAAGAGAGCCUUCAACAUGGUUCUGAUAAUCCUGGCUAUCAUUGUCUUCAACUACUUCCCUUCUGUUGCAUUGUUCCCCUUUAAAGGGUACUUCUCUGAAGACGUAUUUCGCUGCUAUAUACACCAUGUCGCUUUUGGCUUGAUGGACUUUAGCAGCACCAUUCAGCCUAUGCUUUAUCUAUCCAAGGAAAAGUUCCCAUGGAGACUCAACUGCUGCAGAACCACAACCAAGGAGACACAAACGAAUUCAGACUCACGGGAGAUUUGGAACAUAACCCAGCACUCCCAGUACGUCAGCGAGGGAAAUCUCUGAAGACGCUGCGGAUUACAGAACACAGCAAAGAACAGGGGAGGCGUGCGUUUCCAAUUUGCCUGUGCAAAAAACACAAAACAGAACCAUUUUUGAUUACGGUGACAUAAAUGUGCGACAGUAAACCCACAGCAAGAAAUCAAAACAGUUCCCUGUACGUUGCAAAAAAUAUUGACUCAUCAAUUAUUUAUUUUUAUUUUGUACUGGGAACUCCUUGUUAUUUUUCCAAAUUUGUCUUAAACAGUUAUUCUGGCUUUCCUGAGUCUUCUUUGGACUUUAACUGAUUGUUACUCAAUCCAGUGUGACAUGUUCCUGAGAGACUCUGCCUUGUUCUAUGAAUCAUUCAGGCAUUUAAACGUUUCUAAACUUAAGGAAUGAAAGUAAAGAUGCAAUUUUUAAUUGGUCUUCAGGAGGUUUUAUAAAUAGUAAGCCAUCACAACGGCAGAAUGUUUUAGCUAUUUCUUGUGCUAUAUCUCUAAAAAUGAAUAAAGUGGCAAUUUCCCCACAGACACAACUACGUAGCUUAAAACAUGUUAUCUAUAGCAAAUAAUCAACUGAUGAGUGAUGCGUCUCUCAGUUUCUGUUUUAAGUUUGUCAAAGAGACAUGAAAAAUCAGCCAAAGUCCAAAGAAGACCUUCCAAUAGGAAGUGUGAAUAGGCACAUAUGAAGAAAGUCUUCUUUAUGGAACGAA